AUGAAACAAACCAUGUCGUUAGAUUUCACCUCGAUCCCGGUUCUCGACUUCUCUCAGACCAAGUCCCCGGCCACCAAGCCAAUCUUCCUAGCCGAGCUCCAAAAUGCUCUGGUGAAAGUGGGGUUCUUUUAUAUCAAGAACCAUGUCAUCCCUGAGGACAUCCAGACGGAGUUGAUACGCCAUUCCGUCCGGUUUUUUGAUCUCCCGACAGAGAAGAAGCUGGAGGUGGACAUGGUCAAUAGUAGACAUUACCUUGGCUAUGUGAGAGUGGGGAACGAAAAGAGCUCCGAAAAGAUUGAUUAUCGCGAGACCUUCACUCUCGGAAUGGAUAAUCCAGCCCCUGGUCCUGAUGAGCCAUUAUAUUAUAACAUGGUAGGCCCCGGCCAGUGGCCAGAUGAGUCGAGUAUUCCGGGCUUUCGUCAAGCAGUGCGUAACUAUCUCUCCGCCGUGCAUCGUCUGGCGGGCGAGUUCAAAGUUCUCGUGGCAGAAGCCCUUGACCUAGAACCAACAGCGUUGCUGCGGUUCUUCAACGACCGUCCCGGGGAUAGGUUCAAGUUGAUUAAAUAUCCACAGCCAUCAUCCAUCAGUUCCAAGGGCGAAGAAGAAGGCCAAGAGGGGUUCUCAGGGAUAGGCCCACACAAGGACGGAACCUUCCUGACCUUCCUUCUCCAGGGGACAGCGCACAGUGGGUUAGAAAUCCAGAACAAGAGGGGCGAAUGGAUCCCUGCUCAACCCAUCCCGGGGACACUGGUAGUAAACAUCGGCCGGAUGUUUGAGGCUUUGACUGGCGGAAUAUGCACUGCCACCACGCACCGCGUCAAUCUGAGGGAGGAAAACUUCGUGGAUGAGGCGGGGAAUUUGCUGGGUCCGCGAUAUUCGUUCCCGAUGUUUCUGCCGUUUCGACUAGACCUGGCCGAAUCCGAGAUGCCGUUGAAGAUGCCGGACCAUAUUGUGGAUUCGGUGAGGGGGGAGAAGGUGGAAUCAGAUGCAAGAGGCAUGUCUCAGGCAGUUUACAAUGUGCAAGUCGGAGAUGGUGUUUUUAUGGGCAGUGCCAUUAAACAUCCCCGUGUUGCUCACAGAUGGUACCCCGAAAUCCUUGCUAGGUCUCAGGCAGCCAGUAUCUAG